GCUCACUGCGGAAACUAGUCCAGUGUCGUUUCAUAUUCAACUUCGAUGCAGUCAUGCCGAGAAAUCGCUGUAUCCUUAUUACAACGUUGCUCGCCACUAUAUUGGCAGCACUCAGUUCGCCCGUAAACCAGGGAGGAGUGACUGCGGACGAUUAUUAUGAUCAGUAUCAGAAUUUUCAACCAGCAAUUGGAUUUCGCGGGCCUAUCGUCGUGAAAGAAGAACCGAAGAAAGGACAGGAUUUCAGUAAGAUUCCUGGAAUCCCCGGAGUAGAUUUUCCUCUUUAUCACAGAGUGCCACAUACGAGUUUUUCCUGCGCGUACGUUCCUUUCAUACCAGGAAUGUAUGCAAAUGUGGAAACUGGUUGCCAGGCAUAUCAUGUUUGUCACGACGGACGAGAAGGGCAUCAAGGUGCUUCUUUCUUAUGCACCAAUGGAACACUUUUCAAUCAGAGCAAAUUUGCAUGCGACUGGUGGUAUAAUGUUAAUUGUGCUGAAGCACCUACGCUUUACAGAUUAAACGGUGAUCCUCUACAAAAUCCGUUUGUAUCUAAAGAAGAAAAAGAUGCGAUUCAAGAAAGAUUAAGGCUUGUCAUAACUUAAAUCUAUAUAUCUAGCUAAAUACUUUACUUAUACGCUUUACUUAUAUUAUGUAAAUAAAGUUUACGUCUGUA